GCCACAUACAAGACCCAGAAUUAUUUAUUUAUUUUGCCUUGGGAAGGAUUGUCAUAGCAUAAGUGAAGAGGUUUUGUUUUUUAUAAGUAAUAUUUUGCUUUAAAAAAAAAGAGCUUCUACUUUUUCCUUUGGAUUCCCAAAGCUGGAAAUAAACCUUAGACAACAUCCUUUACAUCCUUUCGAGUGAGGAUCAAAUUGCAGAUUAUUAUUUUUUUACUGACACGUGGACCUUUGUCAUACAUUUGUGCUACUGGCAUCCAGGGCUUCACAAGGAUGGUGCACCACCUGCCUUCUCUGUUCCAAAGGAAAUUUAAAGUAAUUCUCUGUUUUCUGCUCCUUUUGGCUCUCCUGGUACACAUGGUGUUGGAUCUGACGCUCUCCACCGGCCUUGAUUCUUGUGGAUGUACCCGCAAAGGAGAAGAUCAAACUAGUCCCGCGUUAUCAGCCCAGAAUAAGUUAAACCUGAGGAUUCUCCAGGACUUCAGUGGCAGCAACAGCUCCCUGGAGAAAGGCGUUCACUCACCAGAAGGCGUACCACUUGGAGGUAGCAGGGGCAACAUCCCCCUCCAAAGUUACAACUUCGAGCCGAAAGAAGCAGAAGAAAAACCAACAUGGACAGGCAGGUCCAAACUGGCUGCGCUUUUUGACCAUCCGCUCUACAAGAUUCCAAUCCCAAAAGUUAUGAAGAAAGACAAGCUGUUUGCUACCAGACCGAAGGUGAAGAUGUUUGUGAGAAGUAGCAAUGAAUGGGCUAGCAGCAACAAGGCACAUGCGAAGCUUCCAAAACAUGAUGCCAACCCUGCUUGGCUCCAGUUCUACACUGGCAUCAAUCGCUAUGAACUGUAUGCCCGCCAUGACCCUGCUCGCCUUGCCACGAUGGAAGAUUUGGCCAUGCAACCAAUUGUCAGCUCAGUUCAAAAGCCUGGAGGGACACAACUGAAGCUGAUCAUGACCUUCCCCAACCAUGGACAAGCCCUCUUCAAGCCCAUGAAGCAAACCCGAGAUCAGGAGACUCCAGCAGAUUUCUUUUACUUCUCAGAUUUUGAACGGCACAAUGCAGAAAUAGCAGCCUUUCACCUCGACAGGAUCCUGGAUUUCCGAAGAAUUCCCCCCGUUUCUGGCCGUUUGGUGAAUAUAACCAAAGAAAUCCGUGAUAUCACAACGGACAGUAAACUGUUUAAGACUUUCUUCAUCUCCCCAGCCGGCAACGUCUGCUUCUUUGGCGUGUGCUCCUACUAUUGCUCCACGGAACAUGCUUUGUGUGGCAAGCCAGACCAGCUCGAGGGCUCAAUGGCAGCCCUCCUGCCGGACAAAGAACUGGCCGACCGGCGUUCGUGGAGAAGCCCCUGGAGGCGUUCUUACUCCAAGACCAAGAAAGCUCAGUGGGAAUCAGAUGAUGAUUACUGCACAGAGGUACGACAGACGGCACCAUAUGACAACGUAUCCCGACUCCUCAACCUCAUUGACAUGACUGUGCUUGACUUCCUUAUGGGAAACAUGGAUCGCCACCACUAUGAGACCUUUGACAAGUUUGGGAAUGACACUUUCUUCCUUCAUCUGGACAAUGGCCGAGGGUUCGGGAGACACUCCCAUGAUGAAAUGUCCAUUCUGGUUCCACUUCAGCAAUGUUGCAUUAUAAAAAAGUCAACGUUCUUGCGCCUCCAACUGCUUGCUACGGAGCCUUAUCGCUUGAGUGACGUCAUGCGUGAGUCCUUGGCCACUGAUCACCUGUCACCAGUCUUAGCAGAGCCUCACCUGAAGGCACUGGACCGGCGGCUCCAGAAGAUAUUAGACAUGGUGGAGAACUGCAUGAAGAAGAGUGGAGAAAGCCAGGAAGUCCUGAUAAAUGACUUAAAAGGACAGCAGUAUACAUCCUCAGAGCUGCGAGACAAGAGAAGUAGCGCUGCAUGAAGGGGAUGGAUCCCCAGCCUAUUCAAACACACCUCUUUCAUGCUACCUCUUACAUUCAAGCCUUGCCGUAUGGAAGUCACUAGUCAUUCUGUGCUACAGUGUGGACAUAAAGGGGUUAGGGAGCAACCAAGGGAGAAGGGAAUGUGGAAUAUCUUAAACGAACAAGAGGGAGGUCCUGGAAGCAAAACUUGGACCAAGUAUAAAAGGGAAAACUGUGAGCAUUCAAGCUCUUUAAUUGUCCUGAGACUUGCAGUGAAGCCUUGGAAGCCUGAUGGGCAAGCUGUGGUCUGAAUGGAAGGAUAGUUAAAGCAGGAGUAGCCCACAUGGUGCCUUCCAAAUGUUGGUGGACUACAACCCCCGUCAUCCCCUGACCACUGGCUGGAAGUGAUGGGAGCUGGAGUCUAACCACAGCUGAAGGGCAUCAUGUUGGCAACCCAUUCAAGUUAUUAAUGCUCAGCGGAGCUUCAUUUCUGUUCCUUUGUAGCUAUAAGAAAGGAAUGUGCUUUCUCUCCCUCCUUCCCACUUCUCAGAGCAAUCUAUACAGCCAAGAAUCUCUCUCAUAUUUAUUCUCUUGCUAUUUAUUUUGAGCCAUUUGCAGUGCUUUGGGCUUCUGUGUGGAAGCGUGAACUCUGUCCAACCUGCCAUUGUUAACUAUGUUAGCUUGCCUGGGGAUGAAAAAGAAGUGAGACUAUGUGCGCUCGUCUUGAUCUUGCCAGGUGUUGCUAACAUGCUUUUCAACCCACUUCAGUCCCUGAUUGAAGGUGCCAAUAAAUCAUAGGCUGAAGGGACUUCAGGCCCCGUUGUCCUAAGAUACUGAUGCUGUGAGCAAGUUCAUUGCUGCUUUUAUCCACAAGGCUCCCUGAUCUCUACUUGUGAUCAAAGAAGAGAGGGCAACAGUACUAUGGGCUAUGCAAAACUCUAAGAGUGCCUAGAAGCAGCAGUAACGAAAGCAGCCUCCUUUCUCAUAAAACAUUACUCCUAGACCAAGGUCCAUCUAAUUAUUAUCACCAUCAUCAUAAACUAUCACCACCACCGCGGUUUUUUCCCUUGGAAAAGCAGCAUAUAAAUCACGCAGUCAGCCCUAUUGGUUUAUUUGUAAGCCGCCUUUCCUGGGGCAAACUAUUCCCAAAGUGGUUCACAGUGAUGUCAGAAUAGAACACAAUAAUAAGAAAAUGCAUGAAGCACAACAAAAACAACUACUGUAGGAAGCUGCCAGAUACCAAACUCCU